CGGACAAGAAACUGACUGAGCCACCCAGGCGCCCCUGAAAUAAAUAAAGAUUUAAAGAAAAAUUUUUAAAUAAACAAACAAACAUGAAACAAACAUAUCUGAACACUGGAUACUUGCGGGUGUAUUAACAAAUUAUUGUUAUGUUAUUAUUAUUAUUUUUUAAGUCAGCUUCACACCCAGCAUGGAGCUCAAUACAGGGUUGAACUCAUGAUGCUGAAAUCAAGACCUGAGGUGAGAUCAAGAAUUGGACACUUAGCCAACUGAGCCACUCAGGCAACCCCAAUUGUUGUUAUUUUUAAGUUUGGUAGUAAUAUCACAGCUCUGUGAUAACAAAAUAAAGAAUCCUUUUGCAUGUAGUAUGUAUACUGAAAAUGUAUAAUGGAUAUGAUGCUUGAGAUUUGAUUUAAAAUAAUGUGGUACAGGGGCCCCUGGGUGACUCAGUUGGUUGAGUGACAGAUUCUUGAUUUCUACUCGGGUAGCGAGUCAUAGGUCAUGGGACUGAGUCCUGUAUCCGGCUCUGCACUGAUAGUGGAGCCUGCUUGAGAUUCUCUCCCUCUCUCUCUCUCUCUCUCCCUCCCUCCCUCUGCCCCCUCCCCCACUCAUGCUCUCCUCUCUAUCUCAAAUUUAAAAAAUUAAAAAUACUUUUUUAAAUAAACCAAUGUGGUGUAUAUGUCAUGUAUGUGAAGGGGAAGGAGGAUGAUGUAAGCGAAGCACGACUGGCCACAUGUUGUAAAUGUUGAAGUGGGGUGAUGGCUACAGAAGGAUUGGUCUCUGCAUUUAUGUUUUUUUUUUAAUUUCCAUAAUAAAUUUAAAAAAUAAAUCCAAAAAUUCGGCCAGCCAACAUUUUCAAAAUAGCCUCCCUAGUGAUCAAAGAAAUGCAAAUGAAAAUGACAAGAUACAUUUUUCAACCGAUCGUAUUGGCAAAGGGUAGAGGAAUAUCAAUACUCCCUGCUGGUGAGGAUGCGACAAACAGGCGCUCUUCUGCAUUCCUGGUUUACUUGGUAUGACCUUAGUAUCACCGUACUAGAAAGCAUCUUGGCAAUAUGAAUAAAAAUCUCUAAAUAUGUGGAGGCCUUGGCCCUAGGAAUUCUACCUCCUGUAAUUCAUCCAAAGGAAAUGAUCAAACAAGGGUAUGAGAUAUCUGGUCAAAAAUGUUUAUUACAAGGUAAUUAUAAUAGUCAAAAUGUUUUAAUUAACCUAAAUACACACCAAUAAGGACAUGGUUUUAAGAAUAAGGAAGCGUCACAUUGUGGAUACAUACAGAGCCAUUAAGAACUGUAAUGCACUCUGGUCCUCCCCAUUCACUAGACAGACACAUCUUCUGGUGCAGGGCCAGCAGUGUCCCCAAGACACAAUGGUGAAGGUCAGAGUAAACGGAUUUGGCCAUAUCGGAUGCCUGGUCACCAGGGCUGCUUUUAACUCUGGAAAAGUAGAUAUUGUUGCCAUCAGUGACCACUUCAUUGACCUCAACUACAUGGUCUUCAUGUUUUGUUAUGAUUUCACCCAUGGCAAAUUCCACGGCACAGUCAAGGCUGAGAAUGGGACACAUGUCAUUAAUGGAAAGCCCAUCUCCAUCUUCCAAGAGCGAUAUUCCACCAACAGCAAAUGGGCUGAUGCUGGUGCUAAGUGUGCUGUGGAGUCCACUGGGGUCUCCACCACCAUGAAGACUGGAGCUCACCUGACAGGUGGGAUGAAGAGGGUCAUCCCCUCUGCCCCUUCUGCUGAUGCCCCCAUGUCUGUGAUGGGUGUGAACCGUGAGAAGUAUGGCAACUCCUUCAAGAUCGUCAGCAACACCUCCUGCACCACCAACUGCUUGGCCCCUCUGGCCGAGGUCAUCUAUGACAACUUCAGCAUUGUGGGGGGAUUCAUGACCACAGUCCAUGCUGUCACCGCCACCCAGAAAAUCAUGGAUGGCCCCUCUGGGGAGCUGCAGCAUAAUGGUGCCCAGAAUGUCAUCCCUGCUUAUACUGGCACUGCCCAGGCUGUAGGCAAGAUCAUCCCUGAUCUGAAUGGGAAGUUCACUGGCAUGGCCUUCUUUGUCCCCACCCACAAUGUGUCAGUCAUCGAUCUGACCUGCUGCCUGGAGAAAGCUGCCCAACAUGAUGAUAUCAAAGAGGUGACAAAGCAGUUGUCAGAGGGUCCCCUCAAGGGCACCCUGGGCUACACUGAGGACCAGAUUGUCUGCUGCAACUUUAACAGAGACACCUACUCCUCCACCUGUGAUGUUGGGGCUGGCAUUGCUUUCAAUGACCACUUUGUCAGGCUCCUUUCCUGGUAUGACAAUGAAUUUGGCUACAGCAACAUUAUGGUCCCCAGAGCCUCCAAGGAGCAAGAGCCCCCUGGACCACCAGCCCCAGUGAGAGCAAGAGGAAGAGAGAGGCCCUCAGUUGCUGGGGAGUCCUUACCCCAACUCAUCCCCCAACACGCUGAUAAUCUCCCAACCUCUACAGUUUCCAUCCUAGACCCUCUGAAGAAGGGGAGGGACUUGGGGAGACCUACCUUGUCAUGUACAGUCAAUAAAGUAUACUGUACCCAGCCCCCCAAAAAGCUAUAAUGUAGAUGUAUAUUUAUUAACAUGGAAAGAUGUGUCAUAGCUAUAUCAAGGAGGGGGAAAAUCAAGCUCCUAAAGCUAUGUAUAGUAAGAUACUUUUUUGUUCUUUAAAAAAUAGAAGGAAAAAUGGCUAACAAUGAUUACCUCUUGGUGGUAAAAACAUGGAUUAUUUUUGUUGCUUUUCUUUUGCUUAUUUUUUCACUUUUCUAAAUGAAUUUUGAGUAGUUUUAGCAUUCUAAAUAAUGAAUUCCUGUGUAAUCAAAAUAGCCUUUGCCUAAUGAAAUGACAUGAUAUCUAGAAUUUGCUCCAAUCAUCUAAGGUUGGGCUAUGGAUGAAACAGGUUUGGCUAUGAGGUGACAGCCCUUGAAGCUGGGUGAUGGGGUAACUAGGGGCUCAGUUUACUUUGUUCUCUACUUCUGUAUAUGUUUGGAAUUUUUUCAUUCUACCGUUUUCCCCAAUAUAUCCUUUUUCAGUCCAAAGUGACAUCUUGUCAUCUCUUGUCCUGUCCCUCCCACAAUACACCUCCAGAGAUCACAAAGUCCAGCACCUUGGCCAGAGACAUUAAUGCCGUCUGAUGUUUUGAUGGGUAAAAUGGCUCACCUCUCCUGUGGUCAGAAAGGCAUUGGGUUGGAAAUGCUCCUCCUGUGAGAUUCCCCCCUGCCCACCUUUCCAACCUACACAAGACAGGCGCCUGGGGCCAGAGGUGCAGACUUCAGUCAAGAGCUAACUGGCCCGCACAAGAAACAAAGUCUCAGGCUUAACACCUUUAUCAGCCUGAUUCCUGUGUCACCCUAUCUAUGAUUGCCUGCCAUUCCUUCCUCCCACGUGGGGCUCUCUCUUUCUCAGAGGGAGGAAGUAUGGGUUAGUGGAUUUGGCAUACCCAGCCUAGAGAUUGGCUCUUCUCACUUGGCUACUGCCCUGUGCUUUCUCACCCAGGCAUAUUGGCUAUAAAAGUACCUAGAAUGCAAAAAUCACCAUGAAUAUUCAUGAAGUCAUAUUACAAAUAAUACGUCUUUAAAAAUGAAUAAUCUUCUGGCUAGUCUCCCUGGAAAUUGAAUUCUUCUCCCACACUUGGAGUCACUUGGAGAUUGUUAAUAGUGUUGGUCAGAAAACGGCAGCCCAAAUCGGCUCCACCAUCUAAUUUCGUGUGACCUGCAGGUCUAGAAUGGUUUUUUACAUUUUACAUCAUUGAAAAAAAUCAGAAAAAUAAUAAUAUUUUGUGACACAUAAUGCAAAAUUAAGUUCAAAUUCCAGUGCCCAUAAAUACAGUUUAAUUGGAGCAUAAGUCACAAUCACUUGUUUACACGUUGCCCGUGGCUGAUUUCACACUACAAUGACACAGAGUUGUUUGUGAUACAGACCAUAUGGCCCAUGCAGCCUGAAAUAUUUACUAUCUGGCUUUUUAGAGAAAGAGGUUGCCGACCUCUGGCUUGAGGGUCUCCUAACUACUCUUGUGAUUCUCUCUUGCCUAAUAGAGCCGAACGGCAAUGCCAUCCUUUGCCAGUAAGUGAGACUGUCCUCCACACGUCAGCCUCAACCAUCCAGGUUUGAGGCUCUGGGUUUUAGACAAUUCAUUCACCCAUCCAAUGAAGGUGUAGCGAAUGUCAACUUUGUGCCACACGCAGAUUUAAGUUCUGGAUUCAUAGCAGUGCCUGAAACAAGCAAAAACCUCUGCUUUCUUGGAGCAGAGGUUCUACUAAAGAAAGAUGACC